AUAAUCAGCUACAUCAUGCGAUUUUUAAAUGUCCCAGAUCGCAAGGAAGCUGCUCUUGUUUGCAAAAGAUGGUACAAUGCAUCUCUGGACCCAGUGUUGCAAAGAGAUAUAAUUGUUAAAUGUAGACCACCUGAAAAUGGAAUGUUUCCAUCCUUUGGAUUAUUGGGACGUAAAUUAACCCACUUAGAAUUUGGAAAUUGGGAUAGUAAACAGAUUACAGAAUCAACAUUGAUGACUUUUUUAAGUCGCUGCCCUAGUCUUGAAUACUUGGACCUCUCAGACUGUAAUAGUCUAUUCCUAUCCGGACGUUUCUUGUCUAAAGACAGUGACCUACAAAUGCUUAAAGAAACUCUAUCUGGUGUUCGUGUUUUGAAGCUAAAUCGCUUGCGGUAUAUGACAGAUAUGGUGUUUGAGCGGUUGGUAUCUGUGUUUCAAAACUUGGAAGACGUAUCUAUAGCAUCUACACAUAUGAUCUUUGGCAGUGAUUUGUACAGCGUCAACCAGAGCAGCCCAGCAAUGCUACAUUUUUCUGCUUUUCUCAAAUUUGUGCAGGAGAAUGCACAGAACUUGAAACAUAUUGAUAUCAGUUACACGUCUGUACCAAAUGAAGCGUUGGGAUCUCUGGCCAUGAUUAAUAAUCUUGCUUUGGAGAAACUGUCUUUACGUGGUUGUGCCGAAAUUUCUGAUAAGGGAUUGAAGAAUUUUGUAACACAUCAGCAUUUUCUUAAAAUUCUGGAUAUCAGUGGCUGCAGGGAACUUGGAAGUAGCAAAGAUUUCUUUAAAACCCUGGCCAAUAAUUUGCCUCAUCUUCACACCCUAAUAAUGAGAAAAUGCGCCAGGAUGGGUCAGUGCGAUAUAACAUCACUGGCAGACUUUGGAUCCUUACAUACCUUAGACAUGGGAGAGGUCCUGAAUUUGUUUGACAUUGAUCUCAUCAAAGGUCUAUGCUGUCAAGUCCCUCAUCUUACAAGACUUGCGCUGCCAUUUUGUCCUGAUAUUACAGAUGCCUUUGUGGUUGAACUUUGCAAGACGAAUUACAGACUGGCGGAACUUGACCUAAGCUCAUGUUUCAAACUAACAGACAUCAGUCUUCAUGCUAUCACCAAGAGCCUGACCUCACUGCAGGUGCUUCGUCUCAGUUAUUGCAGGGAGAUUUCAGACAUUGGCAUCCUUGGAUACCUGCCCGAAAAAGGAGUUGUGCCUCGAUCCUCAUUUGACUUUGACCAUGAUGGUUGCCCUUGCAGUCGUGAACGAGACAGUAAAAUAUUUCGUAAGCCCACCGGUGCUAUCAGAGAGCACAAACACUGCAUAUCUAAAGCCCAUAACAGUUUGGAGAAUGGCGAAGACAUGUUCAUGCUUUCCAACUUGAAGUCUCUGCAGGUGCUUGAUCUUUCCUACUGCCCCAGGAUCACAGAUACUGGUGUCACAGAAGCUGUGAGAUUCCCUGAGCUUUCCUCUCUGUCCCUGAAUGGACUACCAAAAAUGAAGGACAGAGCUGUGGUGGCAGUGGCACGCCACAAUCCCAUCCUAAAAGAAGUAAAACUUUCUUACAACAUGGCUAUCACUGACGUAGCAGUGGCUGAGCUCAUGAUGCGGUGUACACGUCUGAGCACCCUGGAUGUAAGUCAGUGCGGUUCUCUCACUGAUAAAUGCCUGCAAAUUAUUGCUGCCAAGGGAAACAGAUUACGCCACCUAGAUCUAUCUUUUAAUAACCUGACACUGCGAGAAGUCCUAGCAAUGGAAUUAUACCUUCCAAAGACAAAGAUAUUGUACCGACCUGAGAUAGUAUAA